UGUUUCACCUUUAGGUUUUCAUCUCUCUUUCUCUUUGUGCAGAUAAUAGUCCUAUAUAUAUUCUCACUUCCUCAGUGGUUAUACUUACAGAUCAUCUCCAAUCAAUCUUAUCUUUUCAUUACCGUCUGCAAUGAAGAGAUACUAUCGAGAUUUGUUGCUCAUCAUCACCAUCAUCUUCCUCUUCAUCUCCUUUGCUUUUGCUGAAGAACUUCAAUGUUGUUCAGACAAAACAGACUACUUGGUUCACAAAGAGAGACCAGCCGUUGGAGUAACUAGCAGCAAGAGAAAUCAUGGAAGAAUUUCGGAGGUGAGCAAGGCAAGAGGCGUUUAUGGAGGAGGGUCACUUGUCAGACCUACAGGAAAGAAGAACAGAGCCAUGUCCUCCAUGACCAAAUCUGCUUCACUCGCUGUGCUUCAAGUAACAGCUGCAAUUCUAGUCCAUCUUUUCUUCCACUGACAAUGCAUACCCCUACUCUAUGUGCAAACUGGUUUUGUUGCAAAGAUCCAAAAUUUAUAAAUUUGCUCUGAUCCACAAUCAUUAAAUAUAGGGGUUUGCAUGUUUAAUAAGGAUAUGGAGAGUUCUGUUCUCUCUCUCCCUCUCUCUCAAAUGAAUCUAAUUCUGUGUAUAACAUAACCUUAUCUAUCAUAAUAUGUUGGUCCUUUGCAUCAACACAACUUAUGUGAA